AUGCGAGAGGCGGUAUGGGUGAAGAGGGAGAAGCCGAUGCUGAGCUCCACCCGCGUCCCAUCCAGGAACUCCCUCGAAAUCGCCUACUCCGACGUCCAUUAUUGGGUUCGCGAUCACGACGGAGAGAUGAAGGAGAUCCUGAAGGGUCUGGACGGGCGGAUGAAGCCUGGGGAGCUGACGGCCGUCAUGGGACCCAGCGGGGCGGGGAAGACCAGCCUCAUGAACGUUCUCACCGGUUUUAGGCAGAAGGGCGUGACGGGAAAAGUGGAAGUGAAUGGGAGAGAAAGGAACCUGCGCGUGUUCCGCCACCAAAGCAGCUACAUCCCUCAGCAGGACCACGUGAUCCCCUGCCUCACAGUCAUGGAGUCCAUGCUUGUCGCCGCCAACCUCAAACUUCCGAACUCAAAGUCUUUCAAAGAGAAGCACAAUGCCGUCGUGGAGAUCCUACAACACUUGGCUAUCCUGGAUUGUGCGGAGACAAAGGCAUCAUUUCUGUCAGUUGGAGAGAGGAAGCGACUUUGCAUCGCCCUUGAGCUCCUCGCCGACCCUUCUUUCCUCUUCCUUGACGAACCCACCAGGCAGAAGGGCGUGACGGGAAAAGUGGAAGUGAAUGGGAGAGAAAGGAACCUGCGCGUGUUCCGCCACCAAAGCAGCUACAUCCCUCAGCAGGACCACGUGAUCCCCUGCCUCACAGUCAUGGAGUCCAUGCUUGUCGCCGCCAACCUCAAACUUCCGAGCUCAAAGUCUUUCAAAGAGAAGCACAAUGCCGUCGUGGAGAUCCUACAACACUUGGCUAUCCUGGAUUGUGCGGAGACAAAGGCAUCAUUUCUGUCAGUUGGAGAGAGGAAGCGACUUUGCAUCGCCCUCGAGCUCCUCGCCGACCCUUCUUUCCUCUUCCUUGACGAACCCACCAGUGGACUGGACAGCUCCACUUGCCUACAAUGCGUGAGCCUGCUGAGAAUGUUGGCACGCGAGGGCCGAACCGUGAUCUGCACAAUCCACCACCCCAGCGCGAAGAUCCUGGAGAUGUUCGAUCAUCUGAUUCUCCUCGCCGAGGGUCGCAGUCUUUACCACGGCACCAUCUCCUCGCUGGUGCCCUACCUCCGCCAGUUCGGCCUUCAUUGCCCUCCGUAUCACAACCCAGCCGACUACGGUAAGCAGAAGGGCGUGACGGGAAAAGUGGAAGUGAAUGGGAGAGAAAGGAACCUGCGCGUGUUCCGCCACCAAAGCAGCUACAUCCCUCAGCAGGACCACGUGAUCCCCUGCCUCACAGUCAUGGAGUCCAUGCUUGUCGCCGCCAACCUCAAACUUCCGAACUCAAAGUCUUUCAAAGAGAAGCACAAUGCCGUCGUGGAGAUCCUACAACACUUGGCUAUCCUGGAUUGUGCGGAGACAAAGGCAUCAUUUCUGUCAGUUGGAGAGAGGAAGCGACUUUGCAUCGCCCUUGAGCUCCUCGCCGACCCUUCUUUCCUCUUCCUUGACGAACCCACCAGUGGACUGGACAGCUCCACUUGCCUACAAUGCGUGAGCUUGCUGAGAAUGUUGGCACGCGAGGGCCGAACCGUGAUCUGCACAAUCCACCACCCCAGCGCGAAGAUCCUGGAGAUGUUCGAUCAUCUGAUUCUCCUCGCCGAGGGUCGCAGUCUUUACCACGGCACCAUCUCCUCGCUGGUGCCCUACCUCCGCCAGUUCGGCCUUCAUUGCCCUCCGUAUCACAACCCAGCCGACUAC